AUGAAAGCAUUGUUCGGGUCGCAAGAUGCAUGGGAGAUUGUAGAGAAAUGCUACACCGAGCCACAAGACGAGGUCGCUCUAUCCCAAGCACAAAUGGAUAGUUUGAAGGAUGCAAGGAAGAAGGACAAGAAGGCGCUCACCCUCAUCUAUGAAGCCUUAGAUGAAGGCAUGUUCGAGAAAGUAGCUUGUGCUACUACAAGAAGGAAGCAUGGGAGAUCUUGUAAAACUCCCACAAAGGAGUUGAGAAGGUCUUUAGAUUCUAAAUUUGACUACAUAGUUGUAGCCAUCGGGGAAUCUAAAGAUCUAGAUAGUAUGAGUGUUGAUCAACUCAUGAGAUCUUUACAAGCCCAUGAGGAAAGACUAAAGAAGAAGGAAGAUUCAGCAAUAGAAGAAGACAAAGAUGAAGAGGACAAGGCCAAUAUCGAGGAAGAAGUGCAUUUUUCAAGGAAAAAAGAAGAUAAAACUCAUUUUCCACCAGAGGUCGUGGAAGAGGAAAAUAUACGAGGCAAAAUGAAGGGUCAUGGUAUAACAAAUCUCAAAUUAAAUGAAAAUGAAGUGGAUCAUGCACUAAUGUUGGCUUACAAAGGUGAAGAGAGCAAAGAAAAGAACACUUGGGAUUUGGAUACAGGAGCAAACAACUAUAUGUGUGGAAGAAAAAAAAUGUUUGUAGAACUUGAUGAAUUAGUAAGCGGAAAUAUCACCUUUGGAGAUGAAUCCAAGAUCCCAAAUAACAUUUUAAGUAUGAGACACCCCUUAGAAAAGGGCUAUGAUAUUCAUUUGAAAGAUCAUAGUCAUUCAAUAAGAGAUCAAGGAGAAAAUUUGAUUGCCAAAGUCCCAAUGACAAGAAAUAGAAUAUCUGCGUUAAGUAUUCAAAAUGAUGUCUCUAAAUGCUUAAAAGCUUGUUUUAAAGAUUCAUCUUGA